AUGGUCAUAUAUCCUACAGUAAAUCUCAACGACCAAGUCUCCAUCCCGAUUCUGGGCUAUGGCACUGGCACUGCCUGGUAUAAACCGGCUGGGGAUAAGAGUGUGAACCGGGAGCUGGUUGAAAGCAUCAAGGCCGCCAUCAGAUUAGGAUACCGCCAUCUGGACGGUGCAGAGGUCUACGGUACUGAAGCUGAGCUGGGCGUGGCGAUCCAGGAGAGUGGAAUCGCGCGAGAAGACCUCUUCGUCACUACAAAAGUCCGCACCAACAUUGCGGAUAUUCCAGGUGCCAUUGAGCAAAGCUUACAGAAACUUCAACUCGACUAUGUGGAUCUGUAUUUAAUCCAUGCGCCCUUCUUUGCAAAAUCCGACCGCGAUUUGCAGGACGCCUGGGCAGCCAUGGAAAAGGUACAGCAGUCUGGAAAAGCAAAGGCAAUUGGAGUCUCCAACUACCUGAAACCGCACAUUGAAGCUACGCUGAAAACUGCUACAAUUCCUAUUGCUAUCAACCAGAUUGAAUAUCACCCAUACCUGCAGCAUGGAGACCUUCUUUCUUACCACCGGGAGAAAGGCAUUAAAGUUGCCUGCUACGGGCCUCUGACACCGGCCAUCCGUGCGCAAGGCGGUCCCGUGGACUCGGAAGUAUCCAAACUGGCCAGGAAGUACAAUACGUCGGAAGGGAACAUUCUUCUGCGGUGGUCUCUCGACCGCGGAGAUGUUUCGGUCACUACGAGCAGAAAGGCGUUCCGACUUGAGGAGUACCUGCGCGUUUUGUCGUUUGAAUUGACUCCAGAAGAGAUAGAUACGAUUUCCCAGCUUGGGCAGCAGAAACAUUAUCGAGCCUUUUGGCAGGAGAAAUUUGCAGAGGACGAUCGCUCCUAG